AUGGAAAAAGUAGGUAUGGUAGUUUUAAAUAAAACAAAAACGAUAUUUUGCGUCCUCAUCGGUAGUAUGAGCUUGACGACUUAUGUAAAUGCCAACGAGAUACCUGCAACGUCUAUAAAGGUUGAAACUGCGAUGAAUACUGCAUUUCAGCCAUUAAUGAAAACUUAUGCAGUGCCCGGUAUGGCAAUAGGUGUUUUGUAUAACGGAAAAAGUUAUGAAAAAUACUACGGCGUACAAUCACUUGCGAAUGCGAAAGCCGUAAAUAAAAAUACCCUUUUUGAAUUAGGCUCAGUCAGUACUUAUGCACAAAAUUUAGGCAAAAUUUCUCUUCAAGACCAUCCUGGUAAAUAUAUACCCGCAUUAAAAAACUCAGACAUUAAUCAAGUCACACUCUUAGAAUUGGCCACCUACACCAGUGGUAAUCUUCCAUUGCAAUUUCCUGAUCAAAUAAAAACAGAUGCACAAACACUUAAAUAUUUUCAAGAUUGGAAAGUCAAAAAACCGAUUGGUCAAUUUCGACAAUAUUCUAAUCCAAGCAUAGGGCUAUUCGGUGAAGCGACCGCUAAAGCCAUGAACAUGCCUUUUAGCGCUUUAUUAGAACAAGUGAUUUUCCCCAAGCUAGAACUCCAACAUACUUAUGUCCAAGUUCCUAAAGCACAACAAGGCAACUAUGCCUUUGGUUAUGAUCAAAAUAAUCACCCGCUUCGGGUCACUGCUCGCGCUUUUGAUGCGCAAGCCUAUGGGGUGAAAUCUAGCCUACCUGACAUGCUAAAUUUUUUAAAUUUAAACUUAAAUCCAGAUCAAGCCAAAGCAGCGAUUAAACCUGCAAUUCUAGCGACACAUACUGAGAACUUUGGCUUGGUGAUGUUAAUGAAUAAAAAAAUUCCCAAUGCUGAGCGAAUUAAGGCAGCGUAUGAAGUGCUCAAUAGCUUAAAGCAAAAAUCCAAUCCUUGA